CCAAAGUAGCAUAACAGCCAUACUUUUUUGUUUUCUUUGGGGGGAUAAACACCAUCAUGAAGACAUGACAUGGAUGUUUCUUCAAAAAAUCCAGGUUGUUUUUGUUGCCCCGCAUUCCAUAAUGCAAGUUCUUUCAAGACCUGCUUUUUAUUUGUAUUGUUUUUCUUUCUGUUCCUAUUCGUGGCCAUUGGGAUAGCUGCAUUGGUUGUUGUCUUCAUUUUGAAGCCUCAAGAGCCAAGAUUUUCUCUGGAGACGAUAAGAGUGGAUUCAUACAAGCUCAAUGCUUAUUCCAAUUCAACACUGUUGAUUUCAUCUGUUGUCUCUUUGUUACUAAACGCUCAAAACCACAACAAAGUUGGCAUAAAAUAUAGCCCUUCAAGGCUUCAUAUUUUCCAUCAAGGAAUCCCAAUAGGACUAAUUCGAGUUCCUCAGUUCUAUCAGCCGGCUCAUAGUGACAACGUUGGUUUAACAGCACAGAUUUCUCUUCCUCGUUUAAAUGUCACCAGAAUUUUUGAUCAAGGUGUCUCGAAAGAAAAGGCAAGGAAGAAUGUUUUACAGAUGAAAAUAUUAGGCGAUGCUAGAUUUCACCUGCUGUUAUCUCGUCUAACAUUGCCCAAGAUCAAGGUUGCCCUGGAAUGUGACAUAGGCUUCAACUACACAGAGUUUUCAUUCACAGACGAUCUUUUUUCCAUGAAAGUAGUUCGAGAUCUUAUAGCAUCUUUUCCUGUUAAAUCUGAAUCAAUCUCCAAGAAGUGUAAAUUAGCUUUCUAUUUAUAAAGAUGGUGAAUUUCACUCAAUAGCAAGGACUCAGGCAUGUAAGAUAAAAGCACAAAAAUGUUACUGUGUUGAUAUGUAUGUCUACCUAUAGGGAUCAAGCAAGUGAUUUCUGUAACAUCUCAUGAUUGUUCUUAAUUAAUGGGGCUAUCACAUAUUUGUUGAUUCAAUGGAUCGUUUCCAUAUAUCAUCAUCUCACAUAAUAAGUAUUCAAUUUUCCUUCAUCUUCCAAGCACACUGUUUCAUUCUAUUCUACCUAAAAUCUGAAUCCCAUAAUGCUGCAGCAGGGGACCCCAUCUCCAUUUCGUGGAUUAUGACAGAGGAAUUUACAGGCAUGAUAAAUUGGAAACUAUACUAGACUAUAUUAUUUUUUCUCUUGAACUUUUAGACUCGUUAACCAAUCGCGAAACAUGAUAUCAAUUAUAUUAACUAAGAAUAUGUUAAACUGCAGCUCAAUUCCAAGAACUUUCAGAGACUGAAAAAAAAGAGACGUUGACACAAAACAUGGUACCAAUUGGAGGUGCUGGCUAAAGUACCCACAGAUUCAUGCAGAAAAAAGGUCAAAACACAAAACCUCCCAUGCUGAAUUGUGCUGUAGGCUUGUGUUGCACAAUAAAGCUCUCAUCUAGAUCUCAGAGAUGACAACCACAAGGAAAUUAGUGUUGAAGUGUGUCUAUAUACAUGUUGCUCGUGAUUUUUGAAUUUCAGGGUGCACGAAUCUUAUUUUUUGCCAGAGUAUGAAAGAAGUGUUGGCUGUUUAUCAUCAACGCUCUUGAGAUUGCCUUCUUCUAGUUGUCUGCUCGCCAUCAGAAUAUCCAGAUCAGAUAGUAAUGGUAGCUGCUUGAAAGAAACUUCGUUGCUUGCAACAUUACACGACAAAGCUCUUUCCAAGCUCCUUUGUGAACUGGAAAAGCAAUUAAUGUAGUUCAAACAUUCACUCUUUGACCUCAACAGCUUUCUUGAACAAAGAAUCAAUCAUGCUUCCACAUUUGGUAUGUAAUGCGAUCUACACCCAUCAACAACCUCCCCAUUUCAGUUUUUCAUUGAUGCUGGAUUUGUUGUCUCAAACCCCCAAAUUAUUGCGGGGAGAUGAUUUUGUGGGCCCAUUCUCUGUCAUUACUCAUUAGUGUUGCGGCUCAUCAAGAUUUUGAAAAUUUCUUUCUUGAAAAUAUUUUUUUAGUGUUUUUUUAAUAUAUUAAUAUUAAAAAUAAAUUUUUAAAAAUAAAAAAAUAUUACUUUAAUAUAUUUUUUAAUAAAAAGUAUUUAAAAAAAAACAAGGAUUACUAAUAAACACGCAAUUAAAGUUCACGACAUUAGACAAAAAAACUAAGCAAAGCAUAAUGAUUUCAUUCAAGGGAGAAGUUAUAGAUUGGCAAACGACCAGGCCCAUUGCAUAUCUAACAUUAAUGAUUUAUGUUGAAGAGGUUAAUCCAUCUGCCGGAAAGGUUUUCAAGGACCUAGUCCACCUGGCCCUUUUUCUCUGUUUCUUUUUCCCACUGAAUCGUUGGUGAUUUUUGAACAUGGGGAUUGAUUUAAUUAAAAAAUUCGGAUCAUAAAGGUUUCGAGCAAGGGAGAUCAGCAUGCUGUGGAACUGGGCCAGUUUGAGGAGUUUAUUUCAUUGAGCUCAACACAACAUUUCACAGAUAUGUUGAGCAGGCCAUGAAAACAGGAUGAAGUUAGGAACAAGUCAUAGAAAAAAAGGAUUUGCAGGUAAGAAGAAAGAUACCGAGGUGCAUAAUGUGGAGAUUGAUUAUUUCCAGCCUAGAAAACAAUGGAAUAGCUUGUGGAAAUCCAACCAACAGGAUCAUGCCAGCAGCAUCAACUUCCAUUCAUUCAUAUCAACACUACCAAUUCCCCAGCAAUUGCCAACCUAAAUCUAUCUUCACAGUUCCUUAACAGUCAGCCCAAGAACUCCUUUCAAAGACAGUAGUUCUUUGGUCAACCAACUUUGAAUAACCAGGUCGGGGGUAAGCAGCCAGCCCUUAUCGAAGCUCUUGAGAAAUCAGGAAACCUUGCCAUCCCUUUCAUUACCCUUGUGAGAUUUGGACCAAUCACCGCCAUUCCGUAGAAACCCCUUCAAUCACCUUACAAUAUCUGUGUUACUAUGCAUAAUUUUGAUAGUUGUUUCACUCUCAAAUGCAAGCUCCUGCAACUACAGGGAAAUGAAGGAUAAACGUGAUCACCAGUGAUCUAGAUUGCUCGAUAUGCUAUCCAGAAUAAAUUAUAGCAGGCCGCCAUUGACAAAAUAGGCCAUGAUGGACCCUCAAGAUUAUUACAAGUUCUAUCAUGAGUAAGGGCAUGACGUAGAUGACUCUGAGGAAUUUCUUUAUGAGAUUGAACUCUGCUGAUUAUGGGAAUGUUGCGUGUGAAAGAUGUCAAUGCUAAGAAUAAAGUAGAGAUGUUGUCUUUCUAACGAGAGAAAGGUAUAUAUAUAGAUAUCAGCCGAUUGGAAAUGUACUGCCUAUAAUAAUUAUUUGUCAGUUUAAUAUGUAUGUUUGAGAUUUA